AUGCCUUCCUCCCAAAUUCCAGAGACUGCUGAUAGCGUCAGUAGCAAGGGCCCUAUGAAUAUCGCCGACGACGUGGAAGACACGGACGACUUCGUCCUCGUAUCCCCCGGCGACUACCCAGAGGUAUUCACACCAUCCUCUACUGCUGCGAAAGAUGUCUGGACCGAGAUCAUCAAGAUCACCCGCACUGAGGAUAGUCUCUUCGAGAAGGGCGAAAAGCACGUCACCGCCGUCGAGAACUGCCGGUAUCACCUCCGCCCCUCCGAGUGCCGUAAGACCUGCAACAGCACAUUCAAAUGCUAUGCUUGCCUGUCACUCAUCGCCGGCCUCGAGACUCUCGCCAACUGCGCCUGGGAAUGGUCCAACGAGAGCAAGCCGUUCCAAAACAACAUCAGCAACAUCAUGCACUGUCUGCACCGCCUCCCCUUUCAUUUCCAGGAAGGUCUCUACAGCGUCAUUGAAGCUGUAAUGGACCACGAAGAGAACUGGCCGACGGCAGACCGAGAUAACUACGAGUUGUGGGGGUUCAAGAUCUCUGCUGCUUUAUGGAUACUUCGCCUGGGUGUUCACGGUUUGGCGUGGGCGCUGGAGGAGGGCAAGGAGUGGCGCCUUGUGCUGGCUGAGACGGAGCGGUCGUGGUACGAGGGACUUGUCGUUGCUGACGAGUACGAGGAGGCUAUUGAGGAGACGAAGCGCUUUACCAAGGCUUUCCGCAAGUGGGGUGCGAGCGUUGAUGCUGAGCGGCGCGCUCGGUCUUCUGCUUAG